UCCUCUCUAUGGUCCAGGCCUCCGGAAGGGGGUCGGCCUGUGCGGAGCGAGGUGAGGGCCUGGGACCGUUAGGCGGCAGGGAAGAGGGGUUCGGGGCAGAGCUAGGCGCUGGGUGGUCCGCACUGACCCGACUUUCCCGUGAGCCGCGACCGACAAGGCUUGGCGGCUGCGCCGCAGGCUCAGGAUGCGGGCUCCGGGAGCGGGGACGGCCUCGGUGGCCUCGCUGGCGCUCCUCUGGCUGCUGGGGCUUCCGUGGACCUGGAGCGCGGCGGCGGCGUUCGGUGUGUACGUGGGCGGCGGCGGCUGGCGCUUCCUGCGUAUUGUCUGCAAGACGGCGAGGCGGGACCUCUUUGGCCUCUCGGUUCUGAUACGUGUGCGUCUGGAGCUGUGGCGGCACCGGCGUGCGGGAGACACGAUCCCACGCAUCUUCCAGGCCGUGGCCCGGCGGCAGCCAGAGCGCCUGGCGCUGGUGGAUGCCAGCAGUGGUGUGUGCUGGACCUUUGCACAGCUGGACACCUACUCCAAUGCCGUGGCUAACCUGUUUCACCAGCUGGGCUUCACACAAGGCGAUGUGGUGGCCGUGUUCCUGGAGGGCCGGCCUGAGUUCGUGGGGUUAUGGCUGGGCCUGGCCAAGGCUGGUGUGGUGGCCGCACUGCUCAAUGUCAACCUGAGGAGGGAACCUCUGGCUUUCUGCCUGGGCACAUCAGCUGCCAAGGCCCUCAUUUAUGGCGGGGAGAUGGCAGCAGCGGUGGCAGAGGUGAGCGAGCAGCUGGGGAAGAGCCUCCUCAAAUUCUGCUCCGGAGACCCGGGGCCUGAGAGCCUCCUGCCCGACACACAGCUCCUGGACCCCAUGCUCGCUGAGGCGCCCACCACACCCCUGGCACAAGCCCCCGGCAAGGGAAUGGAUGAUCGACUGUUUUACAUCUAUACUUCGGGAACCACGGGGCUUCCUAAGGCGGCCAUUGUGGUGCACAGUAGGUACUACCGCAUCGCAGCCUUCGGCCACCACUCCUACAGCAUGCGUCCGGCUGACGUGCUCUACGACUGCCUGCCUCUCUACCACUCUGCAGGGAACAUCAUGGGUGUGGGGCAGUGCGUCAUCUACGGGCUGACCGUGGUGCUGCGGAAGAAGUUCUCUGCCAGCCGCUUCUGGGAUGACUGUGUCAAGUACAACUGCACGGUAGUGCAGUACAUCGGUGAAAUAUGCCGCUACCUGUUGAGGCAACCGAUUCGCGACGUCGAGCGGCGCCACCGUGUGCGCCUGGCUGUGGGUAACGGGCUGCGGCCGGCCAUCUGGGAGGAGUUCACGCAGCGCUUUGGCGUGAGGCAGAUUGGCGAGUUCUACGGCGCCACCGAGUGCAACUGCAGCAUCGCCAACAUGGACGGCAAGGUCGGCUCCUGUGGCUUUAACAGCCGCAUUCUCACGCACGUGUACCCCAUCCGCCUGGUCAAGGUGAAUGAGGACACGAUGGAGCCUCUGCGGGAUGCCCAGGGCCUAUGCAUCCCGUGCCAGCCUGGGGAGCCCGGCCUUCUCGUGGGUCAGAUCAACCAGCAGGAUCCUCUGCGACGCUUCGAUGGCUACGUUAGCGACAGCGCAACCAGCAAGAAGAUCGCCCACAGCGUAUUCCGCAAGGGCGACAGCGCCUACCUCUCAGGUGACGUGCUGGUGAUGGACGAGCUGGGCUACAUGUAUUUCCGUGACCGCAGCGGGGACACCUUCCGCUGGCGCGGGGAGAACGUGUCCACCACAGAGGUGGAAGCUGUGCUGAGUCGCCUGCUAGGCCAGACGGACGUGGCCGUGUACGGGGUCGCUGUGCCAGGAGUGGAGGGCAAAGCCGGCAUGGCCGCCAUUGCGGAUCCGCACAGCCAGCUGGACCCUAACUCCAUGUACCAGGAAUUGCAGAAGGUUCUGGCAUCCUAUGCCCGACCCAUCUUCCUGCGCCUUCUGCCCCAGAUGGAUACCACAGGCACCUUCAAGAUCCAGAAGACCCGGCUGCAGCGGGAAGGCUUCGACCCACGCCAGACAUCAGACCGGCUCUUCUUCCUGGACAUGAAGCAGGGCUGUUACCUGCCCCUGGACGAGGGAGUGCAUGCCCGUAUCUGUGCUGGAGACUUCUCACUCUGAUGCGCCAGGACUCCUGAGCCCUGGGCACCACCUGACCAGCAGCACUGGUGGGCAUGAGAAACUGGAACCUGAGCAGCCAGGUGUUUCUUUCCCACACCCCACUGUACAUCCAUUCGGCCUCCUCCCCACCCACCAGGAACCCAACCAACACAUCCUGGCUGCUGUGUCCUGCACUGGGACCAGUGUCCAGGGGUCCAGAUUGUAGCACCUACCUCCCUCGCCAUUGUGCCUUAGGAACCUAUCCUCAGCUCCCUGUGGAGCAGGGCCCAUCCAGCUGACCCUCCCUGCUGAGGGUCUGUAGCUCAGUCCACGGUAGCUGGGCAACAUAUACGCUCCCCCACUGAUCCCCCUCCCCCAGUCAACUGGAAAUUUUAUUUUUUUGUUUUGAGACAGUAGACACUGUUGAGUCCAAGCAGGCCUCAAAACCGCCAUCCUACUGCCUCUGCUAAUGAGUGCACCACCCUGCAGUCCAGUCCGAGAUGGAUAACAUGUAUGCACUAUUGUCCCUAGGCCCCCACUUUCCCUCAUGUCCUGGAAGCUUCCGGAACUGACUCUGACUACUUGGAUGUGACUAGUGAUGGCCCUGCCCACAUGUGUCUUUUCAGGGGUCCCCAGGUGUGUAUCCUCUUGGGGCCCUGACCCUAGCAAAGCUUGGAUGUCUUAUUUCACAUCAGGAGAGACCCAAGAAGACUGCUAUGGUGUUCUCUUGGGCAGACCUGGUGGCAGUCCUGGAAGUGCUUCCCUGGUGAGGAUAGCCCAGACCCUGUUGCUUCGGGCUCCCAUGUUCCCCAUUGGGUCAUCGGUGACUCAGCUCAGUCACCAAGCCAGGCUUCUGCUACAUGAUGGGUGUGAACAGCACAGCACCCACAAGCUGCCCGCAAUCCUCCACACACAAAUGUCAUUUAAGAAAUAAACAUGCUGAGCCUUGUCACCUGCCAGAGCACAGCAUCUCUGGUCUAUCUCGAGACCUAGGUGCUUUCUGCAGGUCACACCUGAGCAAGCUGAAGCAGGGCACCCACGGGAUCUGUCCUAGUUAGGGCUGCUGUGAUGAACACCAUGACCAAAGCAACUUGGGGAAGAAAGGGUUCAUUUGACUUAAACACCCUGAAUCACAGUCCAUUGAGGGAAGCCAAGGCAGAAACUCAAACGGGACAGGAACUGAUGCAGAGGCUGUGGAGGGGAACUGCUUACUGGCUUGCUCCCCCUGGUUUAUACUCAGUCUGUUUUCUUAUAGAACCCAGUACCACCUGCCCAGAGAUGGCACCUCCCACAGUGAGCUGGGCCCUCCCCCAUCAGUUAAUCAUCAGACAAUCUCUGGGGCAUUUUCUCAAUGAGGUCCCCUCCCCCAAUGAUUGUGGCUUGUGCCAAGUUGACACAAAAACUAGCCAGCACAAUCUUAAGAAAAUUAGAAAAAGUUGCGCAUGUUGGUGCAUGUCAUUAAUCCCAGUGCUCAAGAGGCAGAGGCAGGUGGAUCUCUGAGUUUGAAGCCAGCCUGGUCUACAGAGUGAGUUCCAGGACAGCCAGGGCUACACAGAGAGACCCUGUCUCCAAAAAAACAAGAAUGAGCAUCACAAGUCUGAUGGCUUGGUCCUGAGGCAGGACUGCAAGAGCAAAGGCUUAUGUAGCGGGCAUUGGAAGUACAGAUACCUUUGCCACAUUUUAGUUUCCAGAUGCCCCAUCUUUGAACAUGAAUGGGAGUAAUUUCUCCAUGUGCGCAUGUGUGUUACAAAGCUCAUGUGGAGCUCAGACGACAGUAUCAGUUUUCUCCUUCCCCUGUGUGGUUCCUGGGGAUGGAACUUAGGUUCAGGCUUGGUGGUAAGCAUGUUUACUGGCUAAGGCAUCUCAAAGGCCCCAUCUCUACCUUUUUAAUAUCAUUAGCAAGGCUUCGUGGGUUAAAAUGCAUGAAUUGGGGGAAGCCAUUCUGACAGAAACAGGACCCUGGCCUCCAGGUCAGCAUUUACAGACCAAGGGAGCUCCCAGAAGGUGUACCAAGCAGGCAUUCAGUCUGUUUCCCUCUAGCUCCCAAGGAUGCCCCAUCCCUGGAUCUUGAUGCCCCAGGGCAGGAUGAUGCAUCUGCCUGUGAGUACCAGGAAGUACCAAAGUGGUGGAGGACAGGGCCUGCUGACAAGGAGCCCAGCCCUGGGAUGUGCACUGUUCCCCUCUAUACCUGACACAGCAGCAGUGAAGCUGACACCAGGCAAAGCUAGCAAGGAAAAGGCCCAAGGGUGUGUCUGUUGUCUCAAUAAAUGACAUUGUUUGGA